CAGUUCACUCGUAACUUCCUUUGCUAAAGAUUCAACCGGUAACCGCGUGUCAAUCAAUUGUUUUUUACUUAUGAUUAAUUUCAAAAAAAAAAUUUUUUUAAAUAAAUUAAAAAAGUUUUUAAAAAAAUAAUACUUUUAAUUAUUUUUUUUUUCUUAAAAAAAUGGAAAGGACGAUAAUUUUUAAGAAUGAAUUAAAUUUUAAUUCUUCAAAGGGAUUUCAAUUAAAAAGUGCAAAAUUUAUAGGAACGAAAUAUAAAGUGUAAUUAAUUAAAAUGAAGUUUAAUUCAUAAAUAUUUGAUAUUAGUCUGCAAAUUAGAUUUCUACAGGAGUUGGAAAAACAUCGAGUGAGUUAAAGAGGACCUUAAGCCAUGGAUGACAAAGGAGGCACUUCGUUAUACAGCAGCUCGUCUACUAUAGAUGACAAGCAUUACAAUGAUAGCUUUGAGGUCGAGAAAAUGAAAGCGAUCUUGCAAGGAUUUUACGAAGAUUUCAAUAACGAGACAAAUUAUUUAUUGAUCACACUCUAUGUACCAGUUUUCGUUCUAGCUAUCACUGCAAAUUUUCUUGUCAUCAUAGUGGUUUUCAAAUAUCAUUAUAUGCGAAGUGUAACGAACUACUUUGUGGUGAAUUUGUCGAUAGCUGAUCUUUUAGUAACAUGCAUCUGCAUGCCAGUGGCUAUAAGUCAAGCAGUUUCAAUUUUAUGGAACUUCGGAGAAAUCAUGUGCAAACUCUCUUUCUAUCUCCAAGGUGUUGCAGUGGCUGCUUCAGUUUUUACUAUCACUGCUAUGAGUAUUGACAGGUACUUAGCAAUCAGAAGUCCAAUUGCGUUUCGAAGGAUACUCAAUAAAAAAAGUACAAUAAUAAUUAUUGUUGUCUUAUGGGCCAUCUCUUUAAUUGUCUUUGCUCCAAUAUUAAUGGCUGUAACUCUACAAAAUCCAAUAACUGAUUUGGAUAAUAUCACUCUCAUUGGUCAAUGGGCCAAUAAGAAUGACACUCAAUCAGUGAAACCACAACAAUUUUAUGUAUGUUCAGAAGAUUUUAAGCCAAUUCAACCAUUUGGAAUUCAUGCCCAUAUUUUUGGUGCUGUUUGUUUUGUUCUGGUUUAUGCAAUACCAGGUUUCAUUGUCAUCAUCUCUUAUUCGAUGAUGGGCCGAACCCUUUGUGCUAGGAAGCCACCCUUCGAUUGUGACAGUAUCGAGGGAAGUGCCAGCUCUCAACAAGGAUUCCGACUAGUUCGUGAAAGAAGACGAGUGGCUUGGAUUUUACUCAUACUUGCAAUUCUCUUCGCUCUUUGUUGGUUACCUUACAAUGUUCUAAGAUUGCUUGUCGACUUAGGAGUAAUUAGUGAAGGAAGAACUAUAUCGGACGUGCUCUCAUAUUGUCUAUUUCUGGGACACGCAAACAGUGCUCUCAAUCCCAUGGUGUACUGUUUUAUGACAAGAAAUUUUCGAAGGAGCGUCUCAGAACUUCUUUGUUUCAAUUCUCAUGGGCUUUUGCGUAGAAAAUCCCAUCGCAAAACUCUGGGGAGCACUAUGGAAGUGUGCGUCGGCUGCCACGGAAGGCAUCAUCGCGCUAUCGUGGGUCCACAGGCUGGAGGUACAAUUCAGAGAAAAUCCGAAGGAGUCCUGGGUUCCAGGCGCAGUGCAACUGCUUCGAGCAGCGGCUGUGACAGCUUUUACAAUCGUCACAGUCCACAUCGUCGUUGUUACAUGUUGAAAAAUUUACCACAAGAGAUUAGGAGAACACAAGAGAGUUGCAUCACUAAUACCAAUAGUAAGCUGAAUUCUUGUGAUAAAGACAAAAUUCGUAAAGCCAGUGUUCUUAGUGUUCAAACAAGUACUGUACUUUUACACAGUAAUAAUGGACUUAAUCGAAAUAAUUCACUUGACGCUAAAAAAAAUACUAAUAACACAGCUGUUAAAAAUGGUCAACAAUCAAGUUGAUUCUCUUUGACUUAAAGUCAUUGAGUUUAAAAUUCAUGUCAUUCAAUAUUAUAUAUAUAUAUAUAUGAGAGAGAAGAGUUUCAGUAUAUUAUACUAAACACGUUUAGUACAGAUUCUACUAAACAACGUAGUCAGAGUUACUACUAUAGUUCUGUUACAAAAAAAUUAUUUACCGACAGAAACGAAAUGAACAAAUCUGAUUGGUUGUCCACAAUUAAGCAGAUUGUUGACAACCAAUCAGAUUUGUCCAUUUCAUUCCUGUCAGGUGCUUCCUUAUAUUUUACUAAAUAGUUCAUAUUUAACUGACUGUUUAGUCAAUCCAAAAUGAACGAUUCUGUUUAGUAGAUUUAACUGACAUGGUAGUAAGCUCUACUACGCUUUUCUCUCUGUGUAAAAUCAAGAAAGUCAUCUUUUAAUUGAAAGGAAAAAAAUUUCUAUUAAUACUCUCUAAAUCUGAAUCAGUAAUAUUUUACUGAUUAGCAGUAGAAAUCUACUAAAUGCCAUAGCGAGAAUUGAGCAACUGACAAUUAGUAGAAAUUUACUGAUUCAAUUAGUAAAAUAUCAAUUACUGAUUGAAUCAGUAGUAUAAAUAUAUGGCGGCGGUCACAAAAUCUACUGAUUUAAUAGUUAAUUUUAAAGGUUAUGUU